AUGCCUAUCAUUGGAACUGGCUUCGAUGACCAGUCCCUCAGUAGUGAAGGCAGUCUCAACCAGUUUUUAACAUACAAAGAAAGUGCCGCAGUCAAAGGCUCAUACUUCAAGCGUGCUCAGCUGCUCCGUGACCAUGAGGCCUCAUGCCAGUCUCUUGAUCCUUCCCAGCAGGCCCUGAUCAAUGUGGGGGGCAUCCGAUACGCCUUCCCUUGGAGCACCCUGGAGGAUUUCCCCAAGAGCCGCCUGAGUCGUUUGCGCUUCUGCUCCACUCUGCAGGAGAUAGCACAGUUUUGCGACGACUAUGAUGAGAAGCGACACGAAUUCUUCUUUGACCGUGACCCUUUAGCUUUUCGGGCCAUCCUCAACUACCUGGCAAAUGGGAAGCUACGGUUGGUGAACGAGCAUUGUAACAUAGCCCUGCACGCUGAGCUGGUGUACUGGGGUAUUGACGUAAAACAGAUGGAGUUCUGCUGUCGCCACCGUAUGAUGUGCUCUGUGGAGGAGAUGGCCGAGCACCAGCGCAAGGAGGACGAGAGGAGGCGCAAGGCAAAGGUGUACAGGGCUCCCGGGGUGAAGGGUGGCCUGUUCUACAUGCUGGGGGAAGCAGUGGAUAACCCUGAUUCAGGCCUAGCAGGAAAAGUGUUUGCCUGCCUGUCUGUCAUCAUGGUGGUGGUCACUGUGGUCAGCCUGUGCAUCAGUACCAUGUCAGACCACCAACAGGAAGAAGCCACGGGUGAAUGCUCCCGAAAAUGCCGCAGCUUGUUCGUGGUGGAGUCUGUCUGUGUUGCUUGGUUCUCCUUUGAGUUUCUGGUGCGGUUUUUCCAUGCACAUAACAAGCUGCACUUUACCUGUGACCCUCUCAACGUCAUUGAUGUGGCUGCCAUCAUGCCUUACUACAUCUCUCUGUUUCUGGAGAUCAAAGAUGAGUCUGUGCAGGAUAUUGUUGCCGGUGCAAGGAAGAGCACCAUGGAUAAACUGGGCCUAAUCCUGCGUGUGAUGAGGGCUUUGCGUAUCCUGUAUGUGAUGAGACUGGCCCGUCACUCUCUGGGUCUGCAGACUCUGGGGAUGACCAUCCAGAACAGUAUGACAGACUUCGGCCUGAUGUUGCUCUUUAUUUGUGUCGCUGUGACUCUUUUCUCCCCAUUGGUCCACCUUGCUGAGAGUGAGCUGGUGCCAAAUUCCGCCAGAUCCCCGGAGUUCAGCUUCAGCAGCAUCCCGGCAUCAUACUGGUGGUCCAUCAUCUCAUUGACCACGAUUGGGUAUGGCGACAUGGUGCCACUCAGCAUCCUUGGCCAGCUGGUGGCGCUGGUCACCAUCUUGGCAGGCAUUCUGAUUCUGGCUUUUCCUUCCACUUGUAUCUACCACACCUUCCACUGCACCUACACCGGGAUAAAAGAGGAAGAAAAGAGGCUGUGGAAGGAGAAAAGGGGGGCCGAGCUUGCAAGUGAGGCUGAAGAAAGAAUGAAAGAAAGAGAAAUGUGGCCUGAUGACUGGCCGGAAACUGACCUUUUUACAGGGUCUUGA